AGGGGCUCAGUGAGGCCGAGCCGCUCCCCGUGCGCGCAGAAACGCGGCGCGUGUGUGCGACGGUCAGUCGGCAAUGCUGGAGAUGGCCUGCGUUGCUGGAAAUAGUGCGAAGACUCCAGGCCAUCGCCAGCUGCUCAACCUGGGAGCGGACGCCCGCACAGUACGUGUCAGCGAGCAGCCAGAGGGCUAAGGUCACCAGUGAACGGACACCGAGAGGCUCCUGAGAGAGACACCGAGAGACAUCCCGGACUCCUGCCAUGCCGCGUGCGCACAGCGCCACGCUCAGCCAGCUGAUGUUUGCCGCGGUAGCGUUCAUCGCCGCCGGCCAGUGCAGUGGGGAGCCGCGGGCUUGCGGUUAUGCGUGCUGCACAUUCCUCCCCGACUGUACGAGCCCUGUCUCCAUGAACUGCGACUGCGGUGGCCUGUACGGGCUGCAGAUAAGCCGCAAAAGCAUGCAGCAGUCCUUAGAAGAUGUGCAGAUUACGAACGCGCAGACUGUUAUCAUCAAGACAGGAGCAAUCUUCGAUUUACUGUCGCUGAAAACGUUUAAGAUGAUAGACAUUGCAUAUCUGACUGUUGAAAACGAGGGUCUCAAGUUACAGGAUGGUGCCAACCUGCGUGAACUGCGAAUUCACCACGUGAAUACUCUGAAACUGCUUGACACGGCGCUGUCCGGCUACUGGCACCAUGAUGUGCGCGUAUCUAUACAGCACGUCGUUAAACUUAACAUGUAUGAAGCGGCCUUCUUUUUCACGUCGGCCCCGCCCGGGCCGAGUGUUGAGCUGAAGAACGUCAGGGAGUUGCUGGCUUCACGAAACGCAUUCACAGCAGCCAUCCGCCAGCUGUCUGUAGUGAACGUCUCCAUGCGGUGGUGCUCACAGAGGUGCUUCAGUGGACGUGUUUCUCAUUUGGAGCUGAUUGGUGUGAGGAUCACCACAGCAUUGACCCAGUGCGUAAAUGGCGGGGAGGGCUGGGAAAAACUGACAAUUCUUCACUCCGAGGUGUUACAAGUACACACUGACGCGCUUUACGGCGGCAUCCGAGAAGUUAUCAUCAACUCUACGAAUAUCACAAGGGUUGAGGCCCUGGGCUUUCACCUGAAUGUUACAACUCUGCAGAUACAUGCUUCGGCAUUUCAGAACCUAACAAGCCAUGGGCUUGAUGUUUUGGCGACUAAAUCAUUCCUCAUGAAGAACACGACUGUUGGCACUCUCCAAACAUCCGCGCUGACGGGCGUGCGUGUCGCGAACAUCUCUUCUAGUGAGCCCUCAUUUGCUCUCUAUUCGCGAGGUACGCAUCGGACAAGCGAAACGCGGGUCAUUGGUGUUCGCAACAGGCACACAAGUUUGCAUUGAAGAUCUCCACAUCGACGGCACCGCUGACUCUGACGUCACGUGUCCGGCGGCGAAGUGGACCCGGUGGCUGGUGGCCGCGGGCGUGGCUGGCCCGCUCAGCCAGGCGCAGCGCC